AUGUCGAUCACUGUGCCCAGGCACGGCCAUGAGGCCGUUGUCAAGAUUCUGGCUGCUCGACGGGAUGUGAUUGCAGACCCAAAAGAUGAUGAAGGGCGAACGUCAUUGCGGUGGGCAGCGCAGGCUGGGCAUGAGGCCAUCGUCAAAGCGUUGGUUGAGAAAGACGUUGCUAUAGAUGCCAAGAAUAGGAAUAGACUGACGCCAUUUAUGAUAGCAUCUGGUAAAGGACAUAAAGGAACAGUGAAGGCGUUGCUUGACAAAGGUGCCGCCAUUAAGACGCAGGAUCCGCAAGGUCGGACGCCAUUAUUACUUGCCACCUGGAACGGGCAUGAUGAAACAGUCAGGGUGCUGCUCGAGAAGGGUGCCGGGUCGGACGCCACUGCUGUGUACUGCUUCUGGUGGACAUGA